AUGGACUCCACGACUGUUUCUGGCUCCCCAACCUCUACUAUGGACUCCACAACUGUUUCUUCCUCCCCAGCCUCUACUAUGGACUCCACAACUAUUUCUGCCUCCCCAACUUCUACUAUGGACUCCACAGCCUCUAUUACAAGCUUCACAACUAUUUCUGGCUCCCCAGCCUCUACUAUGGACUCCACAGCCUCUUUUAUGAGCUCUACAACUAUCUCUGGCUCCUCAACCUCUGCUAUGGACUCCACAACUAUUUCUGGCUCCCCAACUUCUACUAUGGACUCCACAUUCUCUAUUAUGAGCUCCACAACUAUCUCUGGCUCCCCAUCCUCUACUAUGGACUCCACAACUAUCUCUGGCUCCCCAUCCUCUACUAUGGACUCCACAACUAUUUCUGGCUCCCCAACCUCCACUAUGGACUCCAUGACUGUUUCUGGCUCCCCAACCUCUACUAUGGACUCCACAACUAUUUCUGCCUCCCCAACUUCUACUAUGGACUCCACAGCCUCUAUUACAAGCUUCACAACUAUUUCUGGCUCCCCAACCUCCACUAUGGACUCCACAACUGUUUCUGCCUCCCCAACCUCUCCUAUGGACUCCACAACUGUUUCUGCCUCCCCAACCUCUACUAUGGACUCCACAGCCUAUACUAUGAGCUUCAUAACUAUUUCUGGCUCCCCAGCCUCUACUAUGGACUCCACAACUAUUUCUGGCUCCCUAGCUUCCACUAUGGACUCCACAGCCUCUAUUAUGGGCUCUACAACUAUUUCUGGCUCCUCAGCCUCUACUAGGAGCUCCACAACUGUUUCUGGCUCCCCAUCCUCUACUAUGGACUCCACAACCAUUUCUGCCUCCCCAACCUCUACUGUGGACUCCACAGCCUCUAUUAUGAGCUCCACAACUAUUUUUAGCUCUGCAGCCUCUACUACAUCCUCCUCAGCUUCUACCACAAGCUCCAUACCUAUUUCUACCUCCCCAGCCUCUAGUAUAGGCUCCACAACUAUUUCCAGCUCCCUGACUUCUUCUGUGAGCUCUACAGUUAUUUCUGGCUCCCCGGCCUCUACUACUGGCCACACAACCCCUUCUACAGUUUCUGUAACAUCUGUCCCUUACUCCACCACCUCGACUCCUGACUCUGCAACCACUGCAAUAAGCUCCAUGGUCCCUACCAAGGACUCUCCAACUAGAACAGGCUCUCCAACUACUGGGAGAGUGCCCAGUACAAGCAGCGGUGCCCCACCAGUGACACCUGCUCCGCCUCUGGAGCCCUGGGCUAUUGCCCUCAUCUCUGUUGCCACAAUUGUUGGGGUUAUGGGUGCUGCCGUUGGAUUCUUCUAUUGCUUUAGAAAUAUUCUGCACCUGAGAAAUCCCGUCCCCAUAGCUGUUUAUCGUCCUCAUGGCCCCACCUUUGGACUGGGCCAUGGGGUAAAUGGAUGGAACCAUGGACUUCGACCUAGAUGGAGCCGUAAUUGGUUCAGGAGGAGACCAGCAGCCACAGCAGCCGUGAUGAUGAGUGAGAGACACAAUGGACCUUGA